AGCAGGUGGCUUAGGUUGCCCCCAUAUCAUCAUAUCUUCUUCUAGAUCAUAUUUCUUAGAGCAUAGAUUUAAUUCUUUUUAUAUAUUCCCAUGGCUAUCGAACUAGAAUCCGGCCUCGGCCUGAAGAGCUCUGAAGUCCAUGUUGUAUCUACAGAACCUGUCGUAGCUAGUUCGGCUCCUGCCGAGCUGGCUGCAAGUCUAUCAACGGCGCGGAAGCUGUUCAUCUCUACGACCGUCAUCUUGAUGAACUUCAAUGUUACAUUGGGUUCGUCUCUCCCUAGUGGAGCGGGAGAUACGCUGAACGCUCAUUUUGGCGUUACAUCUGAACUCCAAAAGCCAUUACCAGUAGCUGUUUUCCUCGUUGGUUAUAUUUUCGGGCCCAUUAUAUUCGCCCCGCUCUCUGAAUCGUGGGGUCGUCGUCCGGUCUUCCUGGUAUCCUUCGGCAUUUACACUGCAUUCACGCUUGGAUGUGCCUUAGCACCAAACUGGCCAGUGUUUCUAUUCUUCCGUUUCUUGCUAGGUUGCGGCGCGGCUGCACCGCAAACGGUUUCAGGCGGCCUUUUUUGUGAUAUCUAUCCCGAUCUGGGACCCCGCGGUCUGGCCAUGACGAUGCUCGGCCUUACAAGUAACAUUGGACCCCUCGUGGGGCCUAUCAUCUCGGGAUUCACCUCAACAAAAGUUUGGCAGUGGCAAUUCUGGAGUGCCUUGAUUCUUGCUGGUGCUAACUGGCCUAUGCUUCUCUUCGUGCCCGAAACGUUUGCUCCCGUAGUUAACGCCCGCGCUGUAAAAAGUGCUACAAAGACAAAAUCGCAUCAAUCAGCUGUCUCUGUCAUUACUAAAACGGGAUUAGGCAUUCGGAAUCGGGUGAGAGUUCUGGCACGUCCCAUCCGUAUUCUUUCGGAACCGCUUGUUUUCUUCACGGAUCUCUUCAUUCUUUAUCAAUAUGUCAUCUACUUCCUCUACUUUGGGGCGUAUCCAGUCAUUUUCCGCGGUACAUAUUCUAUGUCUAGUGGAGUUUCUGCUUUGAUGUUUAUCCCCACUGGUGUCGGGGGUAUUUUUGCUAUUGCUAUAUUUGUAGCUUGGGAUAAGUUUCAUAAAAAAUCCGUCGAAAGAGGAAGGCCGUGGGCUCUCCAGGAGGAGUACCGACGACUUCCACUGGCCUGUCUCGGUGGCCCCCUGUUCGCUCUAUCCGAGUUCUGGCUGGGGUGGACUGCUCGGCCUACCGUUCAUUGGGCCGUUCCCGCAUUAUCAGGGAUAUCCCUAGGCAUCGGCAUCGAUCUCACGUUUCUAGCGCUAAACAACUACCUCACGGAUGCAUACGGCAUUUAUAGCGCAUCGGCGUUAGCGUCAAGCGUCUUUACGCGAAACAUUUUCGCUGCGAUUAUCAUUCCUCUUACCACAUAUCCGUUAUAUGAGAAUCUAGGUACGGAUUGGGCCUGUACAUUGCUGGGAUGUUUAUGCGUUGCUUUGACGCCGAUCCCGUUCGCAUUUAUUCGUUGGGGUCCGGCCAUGAGAAGGCGCAGUUCUUUCUGCCAGAAGUUAGCACGUAUGAAAGACGAGGAUGAGGGUGGUAACAUGGUGGUUCCCCUUUGACCGAGUUAAUUCCGACAACACGUUGCACACAUACUAUGUAGGUACCUAGGUACCUAGAUAUGUAUGUAUGUACCUACUUACUUCUAGCUUUGUCGCAACCUGAAUGACUGGGAUUAGAAAUUUGCGUAGUAACUGAAAAAAAGAAAACGCAUAGAAAUUCGAAGGACUAGUUCUCCCUUACUUUAAACCCCACCAGUCACACAAGUAGCAUACCACGCCCAGCUAGAGGAUGGUCGCACAAAAGUAACGUCGGGAUUGAUUCAGUGUCAAGAUGGCACCCCUUAAGCUUAUUCCGAAGUAAUACUACUCAGCUGAUAUCAACCCGUACUCCAUCACAAUUCCACCCGCUGAUCUUCUACUCACUCAAGUCGGGAAAUUAACAACUCUGUAAAGAUGUGUUGUGUAGCAAUCGCUACUCACCAUUCACUAAGCGAAAAGCUUCUACUCUGUACGGCUUACAUAUUAAUACCAAUCAUACGAACCAGGACCAACUUGUACACAAGACGAUAUGUAUUAUACCUAGGUAUAUAAUCUGUACUACGGGACCCAUUAUAUAAUGUUGCAUUAGCUCCCGCUGUGGGGUACACUGGUACGACAUAAGGCUAUAAGUGUGG